AUGGAAAGCCGACCAGGCGUAAAAAGGGCGCGCGCGGAGGAGGAUCCGCGACUGGACCCCUUCGAGGGUCUUCUUCGGGCACGGGGGGUUGAGGGCAUUCCCUGUGCUAACAUGUUGCAGGUACUUACAGUCCUGCAGAUAAUUCCGGCCACAUGCCGGUUCGAGGAUUAUUGCUGGGCCGCUUGGCACGUAAUGGCGAGACACGCGGGCCCAAUUAACAGAACUCAAAUCGCCCAAAUGAAACUAACGGGAGUAAUUCCCGAGAAACUAAUUGACGCUUUUUGCCGAGUUAACAGCGUCUUACUAAUUAUUCACCCGCUUAACUCCGGUGCACCCGUCAAAGUGUACGGACGGGCCGGCGAGAAAAUAGUGGAGGCCGCCGAACACCAAGGAACAUACGCCGCCUUUGACAUGCCGACGGCGGCGGCGGCGCCGGCGGAAAGUGCCCCAAAAACGAAAACGAACCCACUACCAACAAUAACCGAAGAGGAGGAAGAUCUGCCCGGGCCUUCAAGCCGGCCAGACUUCCCCCUCCCUAACAUCGUCCUAACAUCGCCCGGCAACCACAACUAUAACAUUAACGAUGACGACUCACUUCAACUAAUCGACUCACCAGCGGCAUCAACCUCCUCACCAUCCUCACCACCAACCUCACCCAACUCACCGACUAACUCGCCGACUGGAUGCCGCUAUAACUUCCGUCACCCGCGCCGAGAGGCGACGCCGCUAACACUGCGUAUUAACCCCGAAUUCGAAGCGGCUAACAUAACAUCACUAACAACCCGUCACGCAGCCGAGCUGGCCAAUACGAUCCCGGCGCCAUACAGAGUUACUAACAACAAAGUCUCUCACUGUACGUGGUGCGGGCACACUGUCAUCGUGCCCGAAGGCCUCUCGGCGAGGCAACUAACAAUACACAUGGAGGCACACCGCGCCGAGAGGUGUGUCGCAGCACCCAAAAGGACGAUGGCCGCAAGAAUGGACGUCGCCGAGCGCCUCCAGGAGUUGGGCCGCGACUCGUCGCAUAUCGCCCUGCCUGGAGCAACCUCGGCGACCGAGGGUGCUGAGAGGAAGAGGCGGCGGACGAUCUAA